AUGGCAGAACUCUUAGAUCGAACUCCAAAACACUUUGUUUUCGAAUCCAAUAAAGGGUUCCUUACAAUAACUGGUCGAUAUAAGAGUGUUCCUGUUAGCAUUGUUUCUAUCAUUAUGGGUUCUGUAAUGAUGGAUUUUUUUAUUCGUGAAGUUCGUCAAAUUAUAACAGGUGAAAUAAUAAUAAUUCGUUUCGGCUCCUGUGGUUCAAUAGGCACUCCUACGAUAGGUAAUAUACUCGUACCGUACGGUGCAUUCUCGGUGACCAGAAACUAUGACUAUUUCAUACAUGGCGUUGAUACGAAUGAUGCAAUGCCAAUAGUUGAUUCACCUUAUUAUAUAUCUAAAGUUGCUUAUGCUGAUGAAGAAUUGAAUUAUUUGUUACAAUCAGAAUUAUCUGCUGCCUUCUAUCCAUCCCUAAUAUAUACUUGCUUAAGUGCGUGUUCCGAUUCUUUCUAUUCAUCACAAGGUAGAAUUGAUCCCUAUUUUUUAGACGAUAACCAAGAACUAAUACCUUCGAUUUUUGAAAAAUAUGAUGAUGCUCAUAUUGUGGACAUGCAAUCUUUUAUGUUAUUCCAUUUGGCAAAUACAUGUCGAUACACAUCUUAUUCAAAAGAUCAUGAAAAAACACGUAAUAAUCGCCAUAGUAUAAUAAGCUCCCAGCAAUUUAAAAAUGGUAAAGAAGGUACUGGUGUAUUAUAUAAUUCCAUGAUGAAUAACUCUCAAACUUCUUUUCUUAAAUAUUCAACAUCUCGAAGUAAUUAUAGUGACUCUCACACUAAUAUGACAAAUCCUAAUCAUCCUUAUAAAUUUGCUUCAAAUUCUUCUUCAACACAUUCUCUUCCUCAAAAAUCACAAAAGCCCACUCUUUAUUACCAAAAUAAAAAUUCUUCUGUAAGUAAUUUCGUAAAACCAACUUCUCAUAUAUUUGCAAAAAAUAAAACUGGUAUAAAAACAUCAACAGCAAUGAUAGUAUUUUGUGAUAGAUCUACGAACAAUUUUAUAUCACCUGACCUGGUGAAUUACUUAGAACCAAUAUGUGGAGAAGCUAUAUUUAAUACAUUAAUUAAAGUAGAAGUGGAUAAUGAGAUGAAUGGAGAUGAAUGUGUUUGGCACAUUUCUAAUGAAAAAGAAAAAUUUAGUUUUGCAAGAAUUAGAAGUAGUGAAAGAAAUGGAAAAAAAAAAGGAAGGUUUAGUAAUUUGGGUAAUUUUGGUAACUUGAGUAGUGGAAAAAUUAGUAAUUUGGCCGACAAUUCGAGAAAAAGUACAGAUGUAAAAUAUAAUGAAGAAAUUAAGAUUAGCAAAGAGAAUUUGUAUUAUGAAGUUAAAAAUGAUUGUCGGGGUCCUACUUGUAAUAAUGAAAAAGUUGAUGAAAAGAGUAGGGGUAAACUUGUUAAAGCUGUUAAUAGAAUGUUGAGUAAAAAGAGAAAAAAAAAGGAUUUAGCUGAUGACAGCACCUCUGAUACUGCGUAUGUAUCAGAAACUGUUAAUAAUGUUGAGAAGUCGUAUGGGCUAGAGAUUGACAAUUGUACUUUCUCAGAAUUAUCUCAUGGAGCAGAGGUCGUUGUAGAUAUCCACAAGAAACAAACCCAAAAAAGUAUUGAGAGUUCUAUUGAGGAUUCAAACCAUCAUACCCCACCAACCAAGAAUGAUGUGAGUGACCGGACUUUCUCGAAUAUAGCUACCGAAUUCGUACAAGAUUUGUUGCAGGAACUAUUCUCAGCAGACAGUCGGCUUCAAGCUAUAAAGUUUACUCUUCCCAAAACCCUAAUUCCCGGAUCAAUAAGCAUCAAAAAACUUGCCAAUUUCUUUUGCCAAACGAAUGUUUCAAGAAAUAAAUCGAUCAUAGCAAAGCAGACGGAAAUUACAGCCUGGUGUUUAUUCUCCAAAAGAUUCGAAGAUAAAGUCAUGGAGCUUAGGUCUAAUGAUAAUAAACUUGCGGAUUAG